AUGCUGGCUCUGCUCGCGGGCUCGGCCCUGGUGGCCGGCCUCCUGUACCACACCUACCAAGUCAAAGCACACCGCCAGACGAGCCUGGCCUCGGUCGGUGGCGUUGCCUCGCCUUUUGGGAGCUCGUUUAACAGCGUCAGGCAAGAGGCCACGCGCCUGCCCAGUGCGGCUGUUGCCGGCGCCAUGGCGGCACCCAGCGCUGCACCCGCCGCUCCCAUCGAAUUGAGCCCUCUGGAGGAGCAGGAGGAGGCAUCCGGCCCUGCCUAUCAGACGCGACUGGCCGAGAUCCAGGCGUCCUCGCUGGGCGACGUGAAGCGCAGGGUGGUCUCCAUUGGCGAGGCGUACCAGUCCAAGGUGGGCGAGCUCUGGUCCUCGUAUGCCAAGCGCCAGGCGGUGGCAUCCCCCGUCAUUGCAGAGUCGGCCGGAAGCCCCCGGGCACCGGUAGAGGAGACCAUCACCCUGGACGUCCUGCCCAAGGCCCAGCGUGGCGGCGCCCAGCUGGCGCCAGCUGUGCAGCGCUGGGUGGCAGACGCCCUGCACAAGCUGGGGCUCCGCUUCCGGGCCCUGCUGGACCGACUGGCGGCCCUGCAGGCCGGCCUGACGCACGACGCCGCCGGGCGGGAGCUGGGUUUCCUCCAGGCACUCAAGGCUGCGCUGCGCCAGUUGCUGAAGGGCCCACCCCCUUCCAAGGGAGAGCAGAGGCAGGCGCUAGGGGCCUGA